UUGAAACAAAAGGUAUCAACAACCCUGACUGUUGGUACCCGCUCAGAAGGUUGAAGUGCAUUCUAGAGCGCUUGGAAUGUAUGUCCUCCGUUCUCUGCAAAAGAACUGCAAGGAAAUUUGAGUCUCGUAAGGCAAUUUUGUUUACUUCUAGCCCACAUUAUCCAUUUCUCAAGACGCUAAAAAUUGAAUUGUCACAAUAUACAACCACUAAUUAUAACUGGAGAAGCGGGGAUUUCAGCGCGGCUAUGGGGAAGCAGCAUAAGUCAUUAACAGAUUUUGGAGCAGAGAGUUUGGUAGAACAAGUCAAAAAUGGCAGUGCGUUAUUUGAGAUUGUGUCUGCCAAUUCCUUCUCUAAUCAACUUCCUCCUGCAUUUUCGCCGUUCGCUUGCAUUUCAUCUGGUCCAAAUGCACAUUUACGAGACUCUCUCUUCUUUGCUCGAGUUGAGUUGCCAAGACGAGGAACACCUCCAGCAAUGAAGAAAAUUGAACAUUAUACUGUACAAAAAGUUCGUGGAGAUGGUCGUUGUAUGUUCCGAAGCUUGGUAAAGGGGAUGGCUGCAAACAAGGGGAAUUCUUUAAGCCCAAGAGAAGAAGUGGAGGAUGCAGAUGAAUUGCGAAUGGCUGUAAAGGAUGCCCUAUGUCGAAGUGAUAAAGAGCGACGUGCAUAUGAAGAAGCACUUAUUGCAAUAACAGUUGAAGAAUCUUUGAAUCGAUAUUGUCAGAGAAUUCAGCAUCCAAACUUUUGGGGAGGUGAAUCUGAAUUACUGGUUCUGUCAAAGAUGUGUUCCCAGCCAAUCAUUGUGUACAUACCAGAGUUUGAGGCAAAACAAAGAGGAAUGUGGGGUACAGGCUUUAUUCCAAUUGCUGAAUAUGGCACAGAGUUCAUGAAGCCAUCCAAAGAAAGAAAAGCUCGCAAACCUGUGAGAAUUUUGUAUAGUGGAAGCAAUCACUAUGAUCUACUUAUUUGACUAUGCUACCUUCAGCUCUAUCUUGUCAUUGACCUCAAAUAACAGAACAGAAGCUCUUUCUCUUGGGGUUGAACACAUUAUUCCUGAUUUGAGAUGUCUUGUAAUUCUCCUUAUUUGAAAGAAAAAAGCUAUAUUUUUCCAAUCUAGUUUGAUCUUGUGGGUUAAUUCUGAUGAGAUCUGGUGAGAAUAGAACACAUUUGUUAUAUGUUAUAAAGCAUAAGCAUAGUGAAAAAUC